AUGCCUUUGUUGCCAGCAGAAGUCGCUAUUCACAUUUUGACUUUUGUCCCACUCAGCUCGUACUCAGCGCUUUAUCAAGUGUUUCCGCAAGAGUUGGUGGAUGAAGCACUGAAGUACAAAGUUCGGCAACAACCGCACAUCAUAGAGCUGGUCUCAACCAACUUGCACGAGUUGAUGGCAGCAUGUACUCCAUCGGCGUCUAAGAUGAGAAACGAGUCGGGGCUAGCUAUGGAGUUUCUGGCCUAUGACACUACGCACAGAAUGCUGUGGUUUACACCCGACUUUACCUGCCCCAAUCAAUUUUUUAAAGUCAAGGAUGGUUAUGUCAGUCACGGUAAGCUGCUGAUUCGAGCCGAUAAGGACUCUCCUUCAAAGGUUGUCAUGUCGUUGUGGGAUAUAAGGAAGAAACUGCCACCGAAGCGGAGUGGCACAUUGUCGGGAGCCAGUCAAGUCGAUUGUAGGGAAUAUAACGAAGAGCUCAGCGUCCGGGAUAAUGACUUUUUAUUAGACGGCUACAUAUCGACUUGUAAGGCAGAUGGUCCAAUCAAGCGGGCCAAUCGUUCAAUCACUGGCCUCUUAUCACCACCACCCACCGCCUAUGCUCGAGCCAUACCACCUCUCCACCAAUUGACAGUAGGGUCACCUUGGGAGAGGCAUUUUCCCAAUCCAACCUGUGGGGUAUUUCUAGUUGAGAGUGUAGCCUUGACUGUGCCUGCAUUUCUGGAUCUGUUCAUCUAG